AUGCAUUUUCGCGUCAACACUAAGGGAAUAUCUGCUGAAGCCCAACAGGCUGUAGUCGACAGCAUCCGAGUGGUGCCAAACUUUCCGAAGCCAGGUCUCUUCUUUAAGGAUCUCUCGCUCCUCCUCGGCAACCCGGCGGCCUUUGGUAGCACCAUUGAUGCUCUCGUGCAUAAGUAUGCAGGACGCGGCAUCACAGCUGUGGUCGGCAUCGAGUGUAGAGGCUUCUGCUUCGCCGCGCCUGUCGCCAUCGCCCUCAAAGUUCCUUUCGUACCUUUUCGAAAACCAGGAAAGCUCCCAUGUAAAAGCAUAGGAAUCGACUUCAAGCAGUCAGCAGGGAAGCACUCGGCCUACUUCGGCAAGGACAGGUUGGAGAUGCAUGAAGAUGGACUGACGGCAGGCUCCAAGGUCCUGGUCAUCGACGACCUACUGGGAACAGGGUCGACCAUGUUCGGAGCUUGUGAGCUGGUCGAGAAGGUCGGGGCAACCGUCGUCGAGUGCGCGUGCAUAGUGGAAGUGAAGGAGCUCGCUGGUCGGGAGCGUGUGAAACGGGAUAUUUUCAUCUUGAUUGAAGACGCUGAAGAUUAA